UGCAGCGCUGGAGUGUUUCGUAAGAGUUUGCUUUAGCUGAUCUCAGAUCUCAAGUGUAGCUGGUCUCAGUGUAGCUGGUUUACUCGGUCUGGUUCCUCCGUUCACCACCAUGACUCUUCUGCUCACUCCGGUCCUGGUCGCCGUUCUCUGUGUGGUGAUAGCGGUCAUCAUAACCACGUCACGGAAGACGGAGACGACGGAAAGUGCAGCAGAAGUUCCGUCAGAAGCUGAAGCUAGACCCUGGGCUGACCAGGAUCUGCAAGACGACACGGAAAUCUCCGCGAAAGAGAACGAGGAUGACGAUUGGGCUGACAGCUAUGAGGAGGAGAACCUCCCCCAUGUGCCCUACUCACCAGGAGGCUACCCUGUGGAGGUGAUGCUGGAAAGAUCCCAAGAUUUCUACACUCUGAUGAACAAGAGGAGAUCUGUGCGAUUCAUUAGCCCCGACCCAGUUCCACAGGAGGUCAUCGACAAUGUUAUCCGCACUGCAGGAACUGCCCCUAGUGGAGCCCACACAGAGCCCUGGACGUUUGUUGUGGUGUCAGACCCAGAAACCAAGCACCAGAUUAGACUGAUAGUUGAAGAGGAGGAGGAGGUCAACUACCGUCAGAGGAUGGGGGACAAGUGGGUCAAUGACCUGGCCAGGUUAAAGACAAACUGGGUUAAAGAGUACUUGGAUGUAGCUCCGUAUCUGGUCCUCGUUUUCAAACAGACCUAUGGGAUUCUACCUAAUGGCAAAAAGAGGACCCACUAUUAUAACGAAAUCAGUGUCUCCAUAUGCUGUGGAAUCCUUUUGGCUGCAUUACAGAAUGUAGGUCUUGUGACUGUGACAUCGACGCCCCUCAACUGCGGCCCCAAGCUCAGGGAACUGCUCAAGCGGCCAGCUAAUGAAAAACUGCUGAUGCUACUUCCUGUUGGUUACCCCGCCUCCGAUGCCACAGUGCCCGAUCUGACCCGUAAGCCUUUGGAGGACGUCAUGGUGCACGUAUGAUGUCAUCAAAGCCACCUGCAAGGAAGACUUGACAUUUUAAAAGUUGACACUUGUUAUUUUCUUUUUUUGCUUUGUCACUUCUUUGUUGUUGAAUUCAGUAAUGAACACGAUAGUUUGAAAAUGAUUCCACCAGAGUAGAAAGACUAAAAAUAUUGUCUGGAGACAAAUUUACUUUAUUGAUUUGAGAAUUGUGCACUUUAAGACUUUUGUCUUUGUCUUUGGUUUUCAAUAAACUAAUGCUUUGUCGUAUUUGUAUAUUUCCUCGU